AUGGGCUCGGUCACAGCUUUCCAGUUUUGGGACGUGUUUGUGGUUUUAUUGCUAUUGGACCCCUUUAUCCUUGCAAACCAGAUGAUCAGAGACACACCUGCAGACCUGCAGAAGAAGGCCUCCACCUCUGGGCUCAGGGUGAAGGAGUUUUUGCAGAUUGUUGCUCAGCACAAUAGACUUCGCAGCCGAGUCAAACCCACGGCAGCUAACAUGCGAAAAAUGGAGUGGGAUGAGCAGUUGGCUUCACUUGCAAAGGAGUGGGCAGCAUCCUGUCACACCAACCACUCUCAUCAGCUGAACUCCUCCACCUUCACUCACAUUGGCUGGAACAGUCGACUCAAUCCUCAUGGCGUCGCCUCCUUUUCUGAUGUCAUUGACUCUUGGUUUGAGGAGGGAAAGGAUUUCGUCUACUCGAGUGGGCAGUGCAGACAGAACGCCACCUGUCAACAUUAUACACAGCUGGUGUGGGCCACUUCAAGUCACAUAGGCUGUGCCAACCAGCUGUGUCUGAAAGAAGGAAACCUCUGGGAGAUAUAUGUCUGUGCAUAUUACCCUGGUGGUAACUGGGAGGCGAACGGUCGACUGGUGACGCCGUACAAGCAGGGUGUGUACUGCUCUCUCUGCACCUCGUCCAUGUCUGGCUGUUAUAGACUGUGGGAUCAUGUUGGUGGAUUGUGUGAAAUUCCAAGGAAUCCAUGCCGUAUGAGCUGUGGUCAUCACGGGCAUCUUAAUGUCUCAUCCUGUAAAUGCAAGUGUGAUGCAGGCUUCACUGGACGCUUCUGCCAGGUGCGGUGCAGUGUGCGGUGUGUACACGGACACUUUAAAGAAGAAGAAUGCUCGUGUUUGUGUGAUGUGGGCUAUGGUGGUGCUGAGUGCACAGCAAAAGUGCAGUUUCCCCUCCGCAGCUGUGAUGUGACGAUAGAUGGAGAAUGCUUCACUGUGUCUUCAGAGGCUGAUACCUACUAUGGAGCUAAAAUGCACUGUCAGGAACAAGGAGGUAUUCUCGCUCAGAUCCACAAUCAGAAGGUACAGGACAUACUGGCAUUUUAUCUCAGUCAACUGGAGACAAAAAAUGAGGUCUCCAACGCCGACUUUGAGACACAGAAUUACUGGAUUGGUCUGUCAUAUAAGCCGCUGAAAGACUCAUUUCGCUGGGACACGGGAGGAAUCCCUAGAUUCAGCAGUUUUGCCUUUGGGCAACCUGACAACCAAGGAUUUGGAAACUGUGUGGAGCUACAGGCGUCCAGUGCCUUCAGCUGGAACGACCAGCGCUGUAAGACAAAGAACAGAUACAUCUGCCAACACGCUGCAGAGCACAUUGCCCAAUGGCAUAAUGGCAGCUAAUGGAACUGUACACCUGAGUAAAUGGAUCACCGUACUUUGCUGUAUAAACUGCACAUUCAUAGGAGAUGAAUCAUUAAAUAUUUAAGUGUU